UCCGAAUAAAUUGUUUAGAAAAUGAGUAACGAAAGUUCCAGUGUAGUGUCCAAGUUACUUGAUGAUCAAAACACAUGGCUGGCAAUGAAAAUUCUGAUGUUUGGAAUAACUCCUGCUAUCUCUAUCUUUGGUUUUGUAGGUAACAUAUUGAGUAUCAUUGUCUUGGUCAAACAUGGGAUGUCCAAAUGUUCUAACAUUCUCUUGGUCAGUUUAGCUUUCUGUGAUAUCAUCUUUCUAGUAUCGUACAACAACAUACCAAAGAUUAUCUACGAGGCCGUUUGGAACCACGAAUAUGUUGACUAUUCAAAGUCCACUUGUGAUGCGUUGUUUGUACUAUUUACCAUCUUCACGCUGUGUGACUAUACUUUUGGUGUCACUGGAAUGACGCUGCCCAUGCUAAUUACUAUAGAAAGACUUGUGGUCAUCUUCUUCCCGCUCAAUUUUAACCGAGCGUUAACACCAACGAGAACUUGGAUGGCCAUUGCGGGGGUGGCUGUCUACUCACUUUCACUCUUUGUCUACAGCAGCUUUUGGCAAGUAUUAGACUACAGCGUUGACCCUGUGCGAAAUAUUUCUGUAGGACUCAUUAAAAGAUCAGCCUUUUUUAACGAUAAUCCAGAAUCGGUUGCCACUAUUCAAAAUUUAAUGGUUUACACUAGCAUAAUAAUUCCACCCAUUUUCACUGUGACUGGAUGUAUUGUCAUUUCAAUCCAAAUUCAAAUCGCCUCCAUCAAACGAAAGAAGAUGACGUCAUCAAUGCGCUCCACCAACAGGACGACCAAAACUUUGCUAGCAGUUUGCGCUGUCUACUGCGUUACAUCAGCGGUGCUGUCAUUGCCACUGUAUAUUCCCGCAGAGUAUGCUUCUUACGCACUCACAGAUGAGGCACCAUCGAACGUUGGGAAGCUGUUCUUUCAGCUUGCGAAUACUGUCGGCUGCAUCCAAAGCUCGUCUGAUUUUAUAGUGUACAUCGGUUUAAACAAGCAAUUCAGAGACACGCUUAGAAAAGUUCUAGCAAUUCAGUUCUUUCACCCCAGAGCCAGCUUUUAUCGUCUAUGAAAACUAUCGUCUCCAUUUAACACGGGUCAUUGUUUUUCUACUUAAGCAUGAGGCUAUCUAUUGCAAAGGAAACACAAAACGUAGCUCUUCUACUCUUCCUCUUCUUCCUUGUUCUCAUUGUUAUGUUGGAGUGUUCACAUUCUUCUUCUUAAACUGUGAGGUAGAGUUGAGCCUUCGGCUCUUGGAACUCUAGCCCAGCAAAAGUGAACAAGAGCUCGCUCUAACCUGGCGGGUUGGUCAGACUCGCGGCAAGAGGCCGCGUAUAGAUCUACUAAGUCCCCCGCCAUUUUUCUUUUCUAUAUCAGGCUAACCGUGCGGGACACGCCAUUUAUUAUGUAACGGCCCCUUGAGGAACGGCGCCUGGAUUGUGACAAGGUUGUGGGAGCUUUUUUACAACUCCGCACAGUGCAAUGAGGAUGAUCUCGCGCCCCCUUAGGCACCACCACGGGAGUCUUGUUUUGCUACCCUUUAGCCUAAUCGUUUCCUCCUACGAUCGUUUUCACCCGGGCGCCACUAUGAGGCAGGGUAGCAUGCCCGGGGAACUGUUCAGAUAACUAGACCAAUAUACGAGAUGAA